AUGCUUGAUUUCGAGCUUUCAACCAUAAAUGAAAUAAAAAAGGUGUUCCCAAAUACGUCAUUACAUGGAUGUUUUUUUCAUUAUUCGCAAGCUCUAUGGAGACAUAUUCAAGAUAGCGGGUUUGCUAUUAAAUAUCGUGAAGAAUCUAAUUUCGCAUUAAACAUUAAAAAGUUAAAUGCAUUAUCAUUUGUUCCUCCGCAUUUGGCAAUUAAUGCAUACGAAGCAAUUUUGGAAACUGAGUUUUAUAUUGAAAAUGAAACCUUAUUAUCAGAUUUUUUGGGUUAUUUUGAGAGUACGUGGAUUGGGAAAUUAUGUCGUAAUAAAAAACGCCGAAAUCCCAGAUUUCCAAUAGAGCUAUGGAAUUGUUACAAUCUCGUUAAAUAUGAUAUUCCAAAAACAAACAAUUCAGUAGAAGGGUGGCAUAAUUCAUUUAAUUCAACAUUAAAUGCACUCCAUCCUUCGAUAUGGAAGUUUAUCGAAGCGCUAAAAAAAGAAGAAAAACUUAAUCGUUUAAAAAUGCAUAAAUUGUUGGCUGGAACGGAACCAAGACAAAAACUUUAA